AUGGCUAUUCAAUUUCACACUGAUAGUAGCGAGGAAAUAGAUGAACAUGAACAACAUUCGAAUAUCAUUGCAACUAGAGUAUAUAUCGUUACUCUUUCGCUUUGUUUAUUUGGCAUGGGUCUUGUCUUAUGGUUAAAUUAUAAGGUCGUAAGCAUCACUAUUCAAAAUCCAACUAUAGCUGGAUUUAAAACAUUGGCUCUUACCGCUAACUCUCCCCGCGUUCAUGUAUCUUCAUUGUAUGCCGAGUUUGUUUCAUUGCAUCCAACAUUUCAUCAAGUCUGUUCGAGUGAUUUUGUUUCUGGUCGAUGGAUUGAAAUUAUUUUCACUGGAACGAAAGCAACCUAUUUUGUUCCAUAUGAUUUUCGAAAUCAAGGCAGUGCGAUAUUUCAAGCACUCGUCAGUUUUUGUCGUCUCUCACAAGUCAAUGUUCUUAACAGCAUAGCCGCAUUUAAUGCCAGUUCAUUUAUUAAUCUGUAUGCUUUGCCCAAAGUUAUUCUUUGA